AUGUCCAUCUACUUCAGCUCGUUGUUCGUGCUUUUGGUAGCUGAAAUGUCCAUCAUGUUCGUGUUGGUGAUGCCCUUGCACUACCAAGUUCGCAAAAGAAUCGUCGCCACCUCUGACAAGUUCCUAGGCAGCUCACAGGUCAGAACCGUGAUCGCAAUCGUUAGCUGUCUCGUGCUACUCUUAUUCGUCGACUCGUGGAAACGUGCGAGUGUCCCAGUCUCGUCGCAAAGUUACAGCCCAAGCCACGGCCAUGGCCACGGCUUAGGGUCGGCAUCGGGCUUGGCUUCGCAUGAUCCAGCAGCAACCACCUCAACACGGUCAUUGGCUUCUAGAGCCUACAAUCAGAGAAACGUCUACAUUUCAGGCUUCAUUCUAUACUUCACACUGUGUAUCCCGGUGCUUUUGAACUUGUUGAGUCGUUUGGUGAAAUACGAGACAUUGCUAAGAGAGUUGAACUCGAGACCAACCUCUGAGGAAGACCUUAUAAGGAAACAAAAGGGCGAUGACCCAGAACUCUCAGAGUUGAAAAACCAGUUGGAGUCGAAGAAAAAAUCGCUUAAGGCACUACAAACUCAAGUAGACAAUCUAAACAAGCAUUUCGAUUCAAACAACGAACCAAAACAGGACAAACCGGUCUCAGAAAAGAAAGACGAUUGA